UUUUGAAUUCUUUGCGAUAUCUACAUUUAGACGGCAAUAAACUUUCAAUUUUGAGAAAUGGCAUAUUUUAUAAUCUUACCUCAUUGAUACGGCUCAAUCUGUAUAACAAUGAAAUAGCUGAGAUUGAGGGUGAUGUAUUUUCUAGUUUGAAUUCAUUGCAAUAUCUAUAUUUAGAUGGCAAUGAACUUAAAAUUUUAAGAAAUGGCGUUUUUAAUAAUCUUACCUCCCUGAUAUGGCUAUAUCUUUAUAACAAUAAAAUAGCAAAUAUUGAGGGUGAUGUAUUUGCUAGUUUGAAUUCAUUACAAUAUCUAUAUUUGUAUAACAAUAAACUUAGAAUUUUGAGAGAUGGCACAUUCCAUAAUUUGACCUCCCUGAAAGAGCUCCACCUUGAUAACAAUAAAAUAACAGAGAUUAGAUCUAGAUCCUUGGUGAACCUUUAUAAUCUUAGAUAUCUUAAUCUAAAAAACAAUGAACUCAAGGAAGUACCAAGAGAUAUAUGUGAAUAUUUGCCUAAAUUGACAACAUUAUACUUGGGUGGAAAUAACAUUACAACCAUUCCAGCCCAAAACUUUUAUAACAUCGAGGCAAUUAAGAACUUUUGUGUUGCAACAAAAAGAAUUGAGCAAACAACACAAACAACAGAUGAAUCUGUACAAACAACAAACGAAUUAAUACAAAAAACUCAGGAAUAUAUACAAACAACACAAGAAUCUUUACAAACAACAAGAGAAUAUAAACAAACAACACGAGCGUAUAAAAAAGCAAAACAUGAAUCAAUACAAACAGCACAAGAACCUGUACAAACAACACCAAAAGCUAUACAAACAACACAAAAAUCAACACAAGAAUCUACACAAGCAACAAGGUCAACUACCAAAACAAAUAAACCAUUGAGCCUUUCAUUUGAGAUUGGUUUGGCAUGUGGAAUAUCAGCGUCUGUUGUGUUUGUCAUUAUAAUAGUCUCUACCAUAAUAUGGAGAAGGAAAACGAACCAGACUGUUAAGUUCGAUGCUCCUGUUGAAAACAAUCAAGAACAUGUUAAUGAUGGCUUUAGUGAUAUGGAUAUUGCAGUGAACAGUAAUUCUCAAAGUAAUGACAAACAGUUAACUGUUAACAAUAUUUCUUCCAAGUCCACAUCAACUGCACCAUAUGAUAUGAUGAAUGAGACUGAUUUAGAUCACAAAGCAGGAGUCAUAUUAAUAUAUUAUAAGAACAAAUAGAGUAUAAAAUAUGUACAUUGGUACCAAAGGUAAAAGCAUGGCGAAAUUGUUUCACAGAAAAUGUAGAGUCAGAGCAAUCACAUUGGUUCAGGGAUCUAUGGAACGAUAAGAAAAACUGUGAAAAUGGUAACAAAUUAGGCACAUAUACUUAAAAAAGUUAGUACUUAAGCUCAAUAUUGUUACAUAAUGACUUCUUGUAACAGUUUUAUUUUAAGCAAAAUGUAUUUUUAAAAUAUGGCGUAGAAGACGCAUUUACCUAUAGUCACUCAUAAGUCGGCUGUACAUAUUUGUUGAUUUGUAUUUUAUUUUAUGUACUUUAAUUGUAUAACAAGUGUGUGACUUUAAUAAACUAUUUAACCUAAC